AAUUUAAAGUGAUCGCCCACAAUCAGCUGAUAGAGUAAACACAGGGAGAGAGAGAGACUGAGCGAUUAUGAAUGAAAAGGGAGAGUAAAGAGAGUCUUCCUGACUGAACUUCCGCUUAAGCUUCAUUUAAAUGAAUGCACAUUCUAAAUAAAGAUCUGACACUUAGCUAAAACCUGUAUUCAAUAUCCAGAGAAGGGAAAAAUAACAACAGCUGUGCUUGCAGGGUUGCAAAUAAUCAAGAACAGAUAUCAAACUAUCCACGAACUGAUCUCUAUACAUUUUAGAUCUCUGUAUGGAAAUAUGUUUUUUCUUGCCUAGUGAUGCACCCUGUUGGCCAUACUGUUUAUAACAGAGCUCAGUUUAUAUAUACCCAACACAGAAAUGAGGCUAGAUAAAAGUCAAGUCAAUUUAUAUAGCCCAAUAUUCCACAUAUCAAUAAAUAGAAGGUUAUGUGAAGGAGGUUGCUUCCUCAGUCAAACCAGUAGAGUAAAUUACAAAAAAACUGUGUAAUCUCAGUGGCAGUCGUGCAGUAACCGAACUUCCGCUUAAGUCGUGCAGUAACCCUCCAAAAGCAAAUCGAUGAACAAAUACUGAAGUCAUAACUGAUUGAUUCAUGUUUUAAAAUAACAAAUGAAUUAGCUGUAUCUCUCCCAUUGGUUUCACAAUAAAAUGGGUAGAAACAAAUAUGCAUCCCUUUUAGUGUUGAAAUAAAGUUUCUCCAUAGAGAUUUGUAAGGUAUUACAACAAAGUAACCUUAAAUCUAAAUGUAAUAUCAUGCUAUUUCCAACCAGAUUACAUGCAGGCAGAAACACACAUUUUUAGUUUGCAGAACUCGUGGACUUUUUUCCAGCUUUGGUACAAUGCCAUUUAAACCAACAUGGACCAAAGCUAAAUAAAAUGCAGAUUAACUUGUCUUUAUACAAACUAAUAAUAAUGACACAUUACAUUAUUGGCUUUUAUCGCUACAGAUAAAUGUUCCCUUCAGGUGACAGGUGAUCUCCGUCCCAAGGAAAGCUUCACAUCACUCUGUCACUGCCUUGUCCUCCUGAUGCUGUCUCACAACUGAGUAACAAUACAACUUGGUGCGACUCAGCUGCUGUUUUUUUCCAGCUUCACUGUGCAUUGCUUGUCAUUAUGAAGUGUGUCCUCUGUCAUCAACGUCAAUCAAAUACGAGUUACUGUGGUCCAAUGUCCUGAUGUGACCUCUGUGGCUCAAAACUGUUGGUUUUAAGCUAAACAUAUAGUAAUCAUCACUUGCACCAUUUUCUUAUUGUUUGCACUAACUGGUCAAAAUUCAUUCCCGAAUGUAGCUUCUGUGGAGUGAAAGUGGAUACAAAUAAACAAUGACCACUCAAAGAAACAAAGAAGUAAUCUAUCCUGAAUAUGAGCUUUGGCCUCAUGUGGAUAACAGCGCUGACAAUGGGUAUAGGCUCUGGUCACAAAAUGAGAGGGGAGUUGAAACCCAAAAGCCACAUUCAGGAGGUUAUUUACUUGGAAGUUACUCAGAUGUCAGGACAGCUGUUCUAGCCGUGCUGUAAACGGAUCUAAGUGUUACAAGAAAGGGGAGUAGACUGCAACUCUCUGUGUUUCUGUUGAAGAUCUCAAACUCUUGGUGAUUUCACCAGCUAACGCUCUCUUCGUCACUCUUCUUCGUACCAGUGAAUCAGGACCUCUUAGUGCUGCUUUAAAAGUUUGUUGCCAUGGCGUCAAAUGCCAGCCACAUGUUGGAAGCUGCCUUGGAGCAAAUGGAUGACAUUAUUGCUGGUAAGAUUUUCUGUUUCACUAUCAGACCUUCAAUAGACUGCCCAGUUUGUAAAUUGCAGGCCUUCAUAAAACCGGCUACACAAAAGAAAAAAAAAAAAAUCGUAGGAUUUUUAAAUUGUCAAGGAUAAGCUAUACAAGCGAGAGCUAGAAAAGAGUUAGUAAAGCAUUUGCUGAGGAUGAGGGAUUAGUUUGUUUCCAUUGGAGAGGUUUGACUAAAGAAGAAGAAAGCAAGUUUUUGAUACUUUUCUGUAUUUUGUCUUCUGUGUAUUCCUCUCUAAAUUGAAUGUGUUUGUAUUUUUAUUGCUUGUUCUUGGGCUUGUAAAUCUCACUGUGCACUUGCCGUACAAGUUACUUCCCUUCUGUAUUUUCUAGCAGAGGUGGUACAUUUGAGUCAGAGCUGCUUGUCCCAACCUCAGCAGUGUGUUGGUGUUUUUGCACAGAGUCAGAAGACAACGUUCUAUUAAUAGAGGUGACAGUCCAACCAUUAGCACACUUUAACGACAAAAAUCACAGAUGACUAAGAAUCACACGCUGUCAACUGAAAUUACCUGCGUUACAAAGCUAUGCAUUUGUCCAUUUUGUGUCCUGUCUCCAUUACUGUAACUUUGAUUUGACUUCAGACAGCAUAUAUGAAAAGUUAUUUCUGCAACUUAGACAUGAUGAUUACAGUAACCUUCAAGUUGAACCUCUAAUUUGUGGACUUUAGAACCCACACUAUACAGCUAUUUGAUGUUAUUUGAAUCCAGUGAGCUACAUUGGAGCACAACAGCAACCUCAAGAGGCCAUUUCAGAGACUGUCCUUACUUUACUGCAUUCACCUAUGAAUCAGUUGUAUACGCAGUACAGAUACCCAAGAAAUUAAGAUGCUGUAAUCACAUUUUCUCAGUUACUUUUCCAUUGAUUUCCUGUUGUUCUUUCCUCUAGGCAAAAUGGGUCAGGGGCUGUUCAGUGCUCUAAUUCAGUUAGGUGGCCAGGACUGCAAAUCAUCAGAGUGUACCUCACAGUUGACCCCUGCCUCACUCAAGGACCCGGCCAUCAGGGCUCUUCAGCUGACAGAGGCCCUCGGGGCAGUGCUGGAGGGGCAGGCGAGUGAGGAAGAACAGGACUCUCUCAGGAAACAAGUCUCCACUGAUACAGCACACGUUAUACUAAAAUGGCUGGAGAGAGAUGAGGUAAACCUACAUUCAUCUGGCGAUAGUGAGUCCUACCAGGAGCGGUUAUCACGUCUGGAGGGAGACAAAGAGUCACUAAUUCUUCAGGUGAGUCUGCUGACAGACCAGGUGGAAGCUCAGUGGGCCAAGAUCAGCGAUCUACAGAGUUCUCUGGUGGAGCAUCAGCACAAACUCAACUCCACAGAGGAGAUGCUACAGCAGGAGCUCCUGCACAGGACGUCACUGGAGAACCAGAAGCUGACUCUUUUGGGGGAGGUGUCCUACCUGAAACUAAAGCUGGCAGACAUGGAGGGAAAGCAGGGCCAUGGGGCUGAAAGGCAACACAAAGCAGAGACUGUCGUGAAUUUCAUUAGUGAGCUGCAGGAGCAGAUGUGUAGGUUUCAGAAGGAGAUCAAUAGCAAGAUCCAGGAGAAAAAGGCUUUGGAGUUGGAGAGCCCAGCUGACAGCAGCUCUCCGGUGGUGCGCCCCACUGAGUCCACUAAGGGCGAGGGCUCAAACCCCUGGCCGUCCUGUGACAGAACCUCAGAGGAGGUUCCAGAAGGGCCUGAUGGGAACGCACACAGCCUGGAAGAGGGUAGCUCAGAUGCAAAUCAGCAGGAUGACUGUGGAGAAGAAAGUGGCUUAAUUAAAGAGCUCAGGAUUCUCAAGGACAAAGUGGAGCACCUGGAGGACCAAAAGUUACAGUACGAGGAAAAACUCAAAGCAACAAAGGCAGAGAUCAUCAGCCUUCAGCAGCUUCUGCUCAGUAAGAACGCGGAGAUCGAGAGCUUGCACACACAGCUGCUGGCCAGACCUUCUCAAUCCCCAGAGAGCCCGGAAAGAGAUCAGGAGCUGCAGAGGCUUAGGAGUGGAAUGAAAUCACUGGUAGCUGCCAAUGAUGAAAAGGACCGACGAAUUGAAGAGCUCACUUUGCUCCUGAAUCAGUGCAAGCAAUUCAGAGAGGUCACUCACACAGCAAGGCAAGCUCCACCUGCUGUCCGUUCAUUGUCAAAUGGCAGGACUCCGUCGAGCAGCAGUGAGGAAGAAGAGAAUGUGCUGAUGAAGAAUAUUGACUCUGCCAGUGCAAAAUCUGUGGAUGUAAAGUCUGAAGUUUCCACAAGCAGCUCUUCCUCCCAACAAACAUCUAUUUCAUCAGCCCAAAGGGACAGCGAUUACAGAACAGAACCGCAGACUUUAUCAAGCAGCAUGAAUGACCUAACAAAAGGACCUUUACAAAAGAGUGGUCUGGAUGAGCCUAGCAGUCAGAUGCUGCCUGUGAAUUCCUCUCUGUCAGAGCAGAAUGUGAGCGGAGACAGCAGCAGUGAAAUCCAGAGUCAAAAGUCUCCAGAUGGGAGCGAAGAUGGAGACUCCAGCCAAAGAAAGUUUGAGAAAGUUGAUGACAGCACUUCAGGCGAUAAUUCUCCUGUUCAUUCUGGAGCAAACAAACAGCCUGGCCAACGAGCUGUGGGCUCACCAGAAUACAUGAAGAAUAACAGGAGCUUUAAGAAACUCUGGGGAAAACUUCGAAGAACCCAGUCUGGAGGGCUGCAGGCAGUGGAUCCAGAUGUCAGUCAGUUUAGAAGAGGGGGACUUCGUUCGACAGCAGGACCCAGACUGACCAGGACCCCCGAAUCUUAUGACUCUUCACGUGAUAUGAACGUUCCAUUCAGCCAGUGGACCAAAGAGCAGGUCUGUGGCUGGCUAGACGACUAUGGACUGGGCCAGUAUGUCAAUCUCACCAGGCAGUGGGUUGAAAAUGGACAGACGCUGCUGUCUGCCACACCUCAGGACUUUGAGAAGGAAAUGGGUAUGAAGAAUCCACUGCACAGGAAGAAGCUGCAGCUCGCUCUAAAGGCAUUCACCACUAAAGUUAUAGAGAAAUCGUCAGACCUGGACUACAUCUGGGUCACCCGCUGGUUGGAUGAUAUUGGUUUGCCUCAGUACAAAGACCACUUCCAUGAGGCCCGAGUGGAUGGUCGAAUGAUACAAUACCUCACAGUGAAUGACCUCUUGACUCUGAAGGUCACCAGUCAGCUUCAUCAUCUCAGUGUUAAAUGUGCCAUCCAUGUCCUUCAUGCCAACAAGUUCAACCCCAACUGUCUUCGACGUAGGCCAGGGGAAGAGAAACAGCCCUCUCCCUCAGAGGUGGUGCAGUGGUCUAACCAUCGCGUUAUGGAGUGGCUGAGAGCAGUCGAUCUAGCCGAGUACGCUCCAAAUCUACGGGGCAGCGGCGUUCAUGGUGGGCUGAUUAUCCUGGAGCCUCGCUUCAGCUCAGAGACUUUGGCACUAUUGUUAAAUAUUCCUCCACAGAAGACUUUGCUCCGCCGCCACCUCGCCACUGCCUUCUCUACCCUGGUGGGACACCAGGCCACACAGGAGAAGCGAGAGUACGGCAAUGCCACAGGCCAUGUGCCCCUGACUACCACUGCUAAAGUAAAGCCAAAGAAGCUGGGCUUCACCCAAUUCAGCCAUCUCAGAAAGAGGAAACCUGAUGAAUCUGCGGACUAUAUCUGUCCAAUAGACAGUGGAGCACUGACAGUGAAUGGGGUUUCUCGCCUGCCCUCUGCAGCACUUAGGGGCCUUAGCCCCGCCUUGGACAGACAGGCUGUGAAGCGGGAGCAAGUGGGGAUAAGAGCUCAGGCUAAUGGCCCAAAACAAUAAUUUAGAAUACAGCACACUCCCCUCAUUCAUGUGUUGAAUUGCUGGAUGGGCUGUAAAAAUGCUGUGCUAAGCAGGUGAUGUAAAUUGUUGUUAAUAUAUUUUUAACCAGGUGUUAAAGCAAUAUUCAUCAAAGAUAAUGAUGAAUGGUGACAUUGUGUGAAAGCUGCUCUCUGCAUUCCGUAUACAGCUGGAUUCCAAAGCUUAUAUUUUUGCUUUAAAAAAACAUUAUGCUGACCAUUUUGUAUGUAAACUUCUGCAGAUGUAGUUAGAAUAUUGGUGACAUUAUAUCUGGAUUAACUGCAAAGUAAAUAAUUGACACCAGUGUCAGUGUUUCAGAGUGUCAAUCAUUGAUUCUCUGUAUGACUGACAAUAAAUCAAUCAAUUAAAAAUUAUUAUUUUUUUCAUUCUGCACCUUUGAAUAAGGUUUGUUCGUAUAGGAGUCUCCUAAAUUGUGCCUUGUUUAAUAAGAUCCUUGUGAAUAUGCAGUAAUACGAUCAAAACAAGGUCAAUAGUCUUUUUGUAAGUUUUGGAGACCAAAUGCUUUUGCUGCCAUCUGGUGCUUAAAUGCUUACUAUUGUCACUGAACAGCUUGAUCGUAUUUACAUGUAUGGUCAAUUAUGGUUAAUUAUGGCUUAUGGUAGUUAUGUGAGUAACAGAUGUAGAUUUCAAGUUGAUGUUUUACAAAUUUUUAAUUUCAAACAAAUAUGAACAUUGUUGCUGUAGAUUUCAUGAAAGUCGGAGACACAUCACUUCCUGAUGAUGGAUCUCAGGACCUUGAAUGGACAGUCAAUUGUUUGUUUUUUUGUUCCAGCCCAGGUUGAAAGUUGACGAGUCUGAAUCGGCGCAUUAAUGUAGCUGACAAGACUGACAUGAAACCUGAUUUGAUUUUGUUGAUGAGUUAAUGAAAAUAAAUGAGUCAAUCAAUGAUCCUCUUGCUGUUGAAUAUUAACAGCUUCAACUUAAAUUUGGCUUUCUUUCACAAAGUUGAAAGGUUAGUGAUUAUCACCAUGACAAAAAUAUGAUACAACUUUACCAAAAUACAAUUUGGUAAGAGUAUUGCCGGAUUAUAUGGCGGUACUUGCAGACAGUUGUCCACUGAAUGUUGUUGACACCAGAAAGAUGUUAUAUGGUUUGAGUCUACAGUUGAAAGGAUUUAGUACAAUAUACAACUUCUUUUACCAGCCACAACAACAACACUGGUAUUGUUUUCUCAUCUUGUAAGUCUAGUGUGUGUCAUCAUAGCAUAACGUGGUCCUUGAGGCACCUACUGUACUGGGGAAUAAACAGAAGUGGUUUUAAAUUCUGGUCUCUGGACAGAUUUCGUCAAUGUGUCAAAACUGUGAAAGAUGAAAUCACAGACCUUUACGGGUGUGUAGUUGAGAUUAAACUGCAGGCUAAGUUUGAAGAUGGGUGUGGUCUGAGUAGGGAUGUAGGAAGUGGGGAAGGGGUCAUUGCACCUUACUUAAUGCCCCUGGCCUAAUUUGGCAUUGCUAGUGGUGUGAUCCCAUGGCAAGAUGGUCUCUAAUUUGAACUGAUUUCAACUAUGUUUGACGAUAUUAGGAAAUAUCUUGCGAGACCAUGAUACAAAGUAAUACCAUGUCUAUGCCUCUGAGUUGUUGAUUUAUUUAAGUAAAGUAUCUAUUUUCUGAAAAUGUCACUGGUUGACAAUAACUAGGUGCCAUGUUGUGCUGCGUAGCAUUUUUGGAUUUCAAAAUAAAUGCUUUUCUUAAUAAGCUCAAACCAGAUCGUAACGUAUCAGACAUGAUUGGCUUGAUUAGGGCUAGAUUUGCCUCUGGCUUUCUAUUUGCUUCAUUUAACUAAUGUCCACUUCAUCUAAUACCAUUGUGUUGCAAUUCUUAGGCAGUUACUGUAUUUGCCAAAUGAGACAGAACCUGUAUUAGAAGGAGUAUUCCAUUUUACACUGACUGAGGGCUGUAAUGAAACAAAGUCUCAAUAAAUGACCAAUUUCACUCUGAGUGAAUCUACAAGGAUUCUGCUGGCGCGUCUGUCAGUGUGGCGGACAGGGCAGCAGUCAGCUCCCCUCUGAACCCUCUUACAGAAGCACACAGUCUCAAUUAGACCAAACACAAUAAUUAGGAAAUCUUUUACCUCUGCAUAUCAUUAGUUUCCCAAUGGAAAAAAUCCUGAUCAAUGAUUACAAAUGACAGGUUCAUAAAUAAAUUAGUCCUGCUGAUAAGUGGGUAACACAACUCAAUUGAUCCAUGUUAAAUGGAAAAUAGAGGGCUCAAGGAAGGAGGAUUAAGAUGGAGGGUUUUGCAAAUGUAAAGCCUAAAAUACA